AUGAAAAUCCGUCUUUCAUUAGUUCAUCGUCCACAUGCACUAACUAUCCCUGAUAAAAAUAAUUAUCAAGGAUACAUAGAAUCUAUCACACACAAAGAACUGAAUCUAUAUAUUAUUAAACGAACGAUUCUAAUGUUUGGAAAGUUUUUGUUCUUUGACUUUUUGAUAGAAUUCUUGCUUGAUAAUGAACCAGAAAUUCCAGAAAGGCUUUAUAUAUUACGAAUUUUUGAUUAUUUUGUAACUGGACAUCAGAUUAUAUCAUUAUACAACUUCUUUUAUUGCAAUGUUUAUUUGCUUCUUACAUAUGUUACCUUUUCUUUCGGGUGGGAUGUCCAGAUAAUUUUAUUUGGUAUAAUUUUAAAUCCUUUAUUAUUUAUAAAAAAUAAUGGGAAACAAAGUGAAGAAAACAAAUCAUAUAUAACACGUAUUAAAGAAUGGUUAAUUCUUACGACAUAUAUAACACGUAUUAAAGAAUGGUUAAUUCUUACGAUAUUCCAUACAAAACCCCUGGUCGAUAAACCAUUUUUAUCAACAAGCCCUAGAGAUUUUUGGUCAAAUCGAUGGCAUUCUAUAUAUCGAGAAUGUUUUCGUGAACUUUUCUAUUAUCCUGUUCGAAAUUUUUUUAAAUUCAAUAGGAAUAUUGGGUAUAUUCUCGGAAUACUUUUGGUUUAUUUUAUUAGUGGAAUUCUUCAUGAUUAUAUAUAUUUCAUCUCUUUUGCUUAUGCCGAAAGUUAUUCUACAGGAAGAGGGAGGAACGUUAAAGAUAGUUUGACAGUUAAGAUUUUUAAAAUUGUAAUAUUUUUAUCAGUUUUAUCAUUGACCGCUCCAUGGAAUGCAGAACCUCUUAUUCGUGUAAGGUAUAUUGAAGCUAAUAAUACCACAAGAAUAUUUUCAAAAUUAGUAGAAAGGUACGAAAAUUGGAAAAUGUAG